AUGAGGCCGCUUUGCGGCCCCGUUGCCGCCACCUGCAGCCCAGUCGCCGCCACCUGCGGCCCCGUCGCCGCCACCUACGGCCACACCGCCGCCACCUGCGGCCUCGCUGCCACCUGCGGCCCCGUCGCCACCACCUACGACCCUAUCACCGCUCAGCCGCCCAGCGACCGAGCCGCCGAGCAGCCCAGCAGCCGAGCCGCCCACCUACCGAGCAGCCGAGCUGCCCAGCAGCGGAGCCGCCCAGCAGCCGAGCCGCCGAGCAGCCAAGCCACCCAGCAGCCGAGCCGCCCUGCCGCCAAGCCGCCCAGCAGCCGAGCCGCCCUGCAGCUGAGCCGCCCAGCAGCCGAGCCGCCCUGCCGCCGAGCCGCACUACUGUCGAGCAGCUGCUGUUCCUACCGAUGCUCCCCGGCCCCUCCUUCCUCGGACUGGGACCACUUCCUAUCAGUCUGCCCCACCACUCUCACCGUUGACCUCCUCGAGAAAAGCCUCUUGGCGGCAGAAAAGAGCAUAGUCGCUGUAGGAGCCUCUCGUGGUGACCCUCGCAUCCCCGUCUUUGAGGGGUGUUCCCCCUCCCCCCUCUUGCCCUCUGUUGCUUCUGCUGCUGCGGCCGACCUCGUUGGUUUCGAGUCGGUCGGCGCUGCGUCUGCCCCUAGCGGGAGACGCCGCACCGGCAAGGGCAAGCGGGGAAAGGGUGCUGGAGGGGCUGGCGGGGGCGGUGAAGGUGGUGGUGGAGGCAGUGGAGGGAGUGGAGGUGGUGGUGGGAGUAGUAGCGGGGGUGGCGGCGGCGGCGGCAGUAGUGGCGCCAGAGGAGGCGGCGGUGGUGGCAAAGGGAGCGGAGGCGGCGGAGGUGGCGGAGGAGGCAGUGGUGGAGGAGGCAGCGGAGGCGGCGGCAGCAGCAGUGGACCUGGUCGCGGCUCUGCGCAGAGGAGUGGCUCCGGUGGUGGUACGCACCAGCAGCAGCAGAGCAGUCGUGAGACCGUGUCCCCUCAGCAGCUUCGUGAGUGGUACGCUGCGCGUCAGCGCGGUGUGGGUACGGGUCCCUGCACCUACAUUCUCCGCACCGGCGACCGUGCUGGUGAGCAAUGCGGGGGCCCGCACCCCACCCAGCGCUGCUUCGGCCGUCUGACGGACGCGUGGCGUCACCAGUUCCCUGGGGCCUCUGAGAUCCCUCGCUGGGGAGAGCUGUCUAGGGCGGGGGUUGCUAUCUUUGAUCUUGAUUUUGAUGCUAUUCUUGCUGCCAUGUAUGCUGUUGAUGAUAGUGUUGUGGGUGACUGUUACCUGUGUGUACCGCCUGACCCGGGCAUUGAGGCUACUACUCUAGGUGCUGGUGAGAUUGCUGCUCUAGGUGCUAGUGCGUCUGCUGCCCCAGGUGCUAGUGCGUCUGCUGCCCCAGGUGCUAGUGAGUCUGCACUCUCAGGAUAG